AUGAUGCGCACGUGCAAUUUCUUUGCGCUGGGGGUAUUCUCGCUAGGGCUGGUGAAGGCUCAGACUACGGUGGUGGUCAACGGGACGGCGAGCCAUACUAUUCCAUCAACAUUAUGGGGUUUGAUGUACGAGGAUAUUAACAGUGGAGAUGGCGGUCUGUAUGCUGAACUUCUGCAAAACCGUGCAUUCCAACAAGUCGAUGUCACAAAUCAAACGGAGGCGCAACUCGCAUGGCACUCCGUCAACGGGGCUGAACUGGAAGUCAUCGCCGACUCAAGUCCCGUCUCUUCUUCUCUUCCGAACUCGCUUCAAGUCACUAUACCUGCGGGGGCCACGGGGGCUGUAGGCGUGGGCAACGAAGGAUAUUUCGGAAUCAACGUCAACAGCUCAUGGACAUACAACGCCUCUUUCUACUACCGCCUGUCCUCUUCGAGCAAUGCCACCGCCACAGUCUCUCUCAUCUCCUCCACAUCUUCCACCGUUUUCGCCUCCACCACAGCCUCCCUCACGUCGACCAACUGGACACAAGUCUUGGUCUCACUCACGCCAAGCAGCUCGGCGGGGGACUUGUUGAAUAACUUUACGGUGACGGUGGAUGGUGAGAGUUUGGCGGGCGAGACGGUAUAUUUCGCGCUGUUUAGUUUGUUCCCGCCGACUUGGGAGGGGCAGAGUAAUGGGAUGAGGGAGGAUCUGGCGCAGAUCUUGGAGGAUGCCAGUCCGGCUUUCUUCAGGUGGCCAGGAGGAAACAAUCUUGAGGGUCAAUCAAUCGAGACACGCUGGCAAUGGAACGCCACAACAGGCUCUCUACUCGACCGUCCAGGCCGCGAGGGAGAUUGGUCGUAUAUUAACACCGAUGGUAUAGGCAUCUACGAAUACUUGAUAUGGAUCGAGAAAAUGGGUAUGCAGUCCAUCAUGGCUGUCUGGGAUGGGUAUUCUUUGGAUGGGACUAGUGUCGCCGAGGGGGAUUUGGCACCUUAUGUUGAGCAAGCCAGGGCUCAGAUUGAGUUCGUGGUGGGCAACACGUCAACACCAGGAGGUGCCCUUCGUGCCAGCCUUGGCCACCCAGAUCCCUUCACCCUCAACUAUGUCGAGGUUGGAAAUGAGGACUUCAUCGGCGAAGCCCCCGAAACCGUGGCUUACCGUUGGAAUGCAUUCUAUUCAAGCCUCUCCGUUGACUAUCCAGACAUCCGAUUCCUCGCUACCCCCGAUGUCAGCAGCCCAGUGUUGACGCCUACCCCGCCGUCAUAUGAUAUACACACCUACCAAAUCCCAUCUUGGUUCGCCGAGAACACGGAUUACUUCGAUGACUUCGAGCGCAACGGGACGACCUAUUUCUAUGGAGAAUACGCCGUGACAUCGACAAACUCGAGUGCUCUCUACGGUACAUUCGAGGAUGGACGUCUUGAAUAUCCCAUCAUCGGGGGUUCGGUGUCAGAAGCAGCGUUUAUGACUGGGUUGGAAAGGAACAGCGAUAUAGUAUUUGCGGCAAGUUAUGCGCCAUUGUUGGGUCACGUCAACGGAAGCCAGUGGACUCCCAAUCUUGUCAACUUCGAUGCAGGAACGAUCUAUCCUUCGACAAGUUACUAUGUGCAGAGGCUGUUCAGCCUGAACACAGGCGAUGAAUACCUGCCGAGCACCCUUCCAAGUGCCAACGGCACCCUCUUCUGGACCAUCUCUCGCAGUAACUCUACCAGCGAGGUCUUCAUCAAGGUCGUCAACACAGACGAAACGUCUAGUGCAUCAGUGACCUUCGAGCUGCCCUUCGCUGUCGCCUCCUCUGGGACCGUCGAGGUUCUCACUGGAUCUUAUGACACAAGCAAUACCCCCGAGACACCUACAGCCGCUGUUCCUACCGAGAGCACCGUUACCUUUGCGAAUGCGUCUGCGGGUGUUUUGGAUUAUGAGGCACCGUCGUUGAGUUUGAGUGUACUGACGUUGACGCUGGCGUGA